CUGCCACGCGCUUGCCCGAACAUGAGCCCCUGAUUGAAACAUGUCAAAAGAGACUCGAGAAACGACAAUCCUGACAGAUGCGGGAAGUUCGUCCGAUAAACGGUUACAAGGGCGCCAAUCGCUCUUGCUAUCGUGCGUGGCUGGCGUCAUAUUGUAAGUCUGAGACACGCCGUGUUUCGCAUCGCGCUGCCACGGUGCACCCGCUGAUCCAGCGAUCCGGCCGUUUCCCAUGACAGCAGGGCCUCAAGCUGGAAUGCUACCUACUUGAUGAUCCGUAUUUCCCAUAUACUGCCGGUUGGGACAUUUUCCCUCCCUUUGUUAAAGCAGUUGAUGCUCGGAGAGGGCCGUCUCAGCAGUAUUCCUUCUUCCAACCACAACGACGACCAAACUACAAUCUCAUCGUCGUACCAUCUACAACCACACCCGCCCAAAUCAUACCUCCAUGGCGAGAAAACAUACAGUGCAGCGGCCCAGCCUCGCCAGCCUCGUCUUUCUGGCAGGGGCAGCUUCAGCAAACUCCUUGUCUCUGUCCAACUUCCAAAGCCUGACUUCGUCGGUAUCCGUCCAAUGCCUCUACGCCUACAAUCUGCCCAUUCGAGGAUGCAGCCCCAGCGAUUUCGGCAGCGGCGCGACGUGCUCUGAAGGCUGCAUCACAGGAUUGCAAGCGGUGCAGUUUUCUGUGCAAGGGUUUUGUACCAACAUCAACGCUGCCUCAAAUUCUCUUCUCGCGGAGGUCAAGGGAGGCCACAUCCUUGAUGCUCUCUGCAAAAAGGACGCGCCACUAAAGAGCACCGCAUCAACGCCCACUCCUCCUCCAACAAAAACUCCGCCACCGCCUCAAACAUCAUCACAAUCUAAGGAGACAACUAGUACAACCAGUACGAUCAGUACGACCAGCAUAACUAGUCAACCAAUAUCGACAACAUCGUCUGUCCCUUCUACAACAGUUACAACGGCAGUUACAAGUGCGAUACCUACUACCCUCACAUCAGUGACAAUACCUAGCUCAACGAGCGAGUCUACAACCGAAACUACCAACGCGGCGACUUCUCAAACGACGAAUGACCAGCAACCCACGUCCACAAGUGAGGAGAAUCUGAAACCAACACGCAGGCCCAAUACUCAGCCAGGCAGCGGUGGUGGAAGCCCAUUUGACUUUGUCGCCAGCAGCAAAGCAACAGAAUUCGGGCUCACUAGGGCCUGCAUUACAAUGGCUAUCGCCAUCACUUUCACGACACUAACGCUUAUAUGAUAUGAAUACCUUUCUUUUAUCUACCCCACAGCCUGGAUGCUGUAAAUCAUCAAUCUUUAAUGUCUAAAUAAUGAAGGAAAGUUGGAAUAAGGAAAGUGUUGACCAAAGGGCAAAACGAAUAUUAGUUAGGCAGGACACUUGGCGCAGAGGGAUCAUGACGGUACACCAUGUAUUAUUAGGAACGGGAGAUUCGGCGUUUACUCUUUUUUGCUACAGGGCUGCGACAGGAACGCAGAUACGAUAGGGCGUGGAUUAGGCAAUUGGGAUGCAGCUGCAUUGGCUUAUUGGACAAGGGAAAAUAUACGGCUGUAUGCUAGUGUAAGAGGAGCUUUGGGUAGAAGCUGUACUGUAUUGUAUUCACAAAUGAAUGAAAGUACCUAGGUAGUAAACAGAUGCAAUAAAUCAGAAUAGUCCAACAGUAUAGAUUGUCU